GUCCUGUCCUACGGGAGCGGCUCGCUGACGGCCCAGGAGGCCUUCGACAAGGUCGGCGUCGGGCCCCUGACCCUCGAGACGACCUGCUUCUGGGAGAUCUUCGAGGCCGAGAUGCCCCUGCUCCUCGACUCCGACUUCCAGGCCAUCGUCGGGCUGGGGCCCCUCUACGCGCACCACUCGGCCCUCUUCCAGGACGGCGGCAACGAUAUGGAUCAGGAGAACUUGAAGAGGUCGAUGGUCUUGCCCAGGGCGCUCGAGAUCGACAGCUUCGGCAUCUGCAUGGGCAAUAGGCCCGGCUCGUCUGGGUGGUUCACGUGGAACGACGGCAGCAUCGAUUCGCCUGCCAUCAGCAUGACGAGGCUCCCGAUCCCGCGUACUGGCUACUGGAUGGUGGAGAUCCGAGAUGUGCACAUCGGCAACGUGGCAAUCGGCUGCGAGGAGGGCUGCGGCGCGGUGCUGGACAGCGGGACCUCCUUGCUGGCCAUGCCUCAAGACGCCCUCGACCUCGUGGACGCGGUGGUCGCCGGCAUCGGCGGGGGCUGCUCCGACCCCGCCGCGUUGCCGGAUAUUCGCUUCACGCUCGGCGAGGAGAGGAUACCGUACUCCCUGCCGUCCGACGCCUACGUCGGCGAGGUGAUUGGAGAGGCGCCCUCCUCGGUGGGCAGACACUUCAAUCGCAAGAAGGUGUCAACAUGCGAGACCGCGGUGAUGAACAUCGACAUGAAGUUGGACCCUCUGGGGCAGGUGUGGAUCCUGGGCGUGCCCUUCCUGCGGAAGUAUUACACGGUGUUUUCGCAGCCCUCGGAGAAGUCCCCGACGGCCUCGAUCUACACCGCAAUG